UCUCCACUCUGCUGACGAAGGUAGCACUCGGCCUAGCAGAACUAGACAAAAAUCAAUCGCUUCACUAAAUGAAUUCGACGGGGCAAUGAAAGAGCGUUCAUUUUUACAGGUGGUGCACAAAGAUGUAAACAACGCUUGACUCCGUGCGAAGUUUUCUAAUGAAUCGCUGUGGACGUUUAUUGAAGCUUCACUUGAUUACUUAUAUUUCUAAAAUAGUUCUACAAUUAAAUCAACUUAGCCGUGUAUAACGCAGGAUUAAAAAACGUAGAAAAAGCUACCGAGUAAGUUGGAGGAUGAUUUAGCCAGUCGGGGAUGAAGUUGAAAAACAGCCAAACUCCUGCGUCCACAUCGCCGCGCCAUGAAAGAACGACAACCAAGGAUGAACGAUACACGGACAACAUGAGGCCAGCCAGAGCUAUCUCCCCUGCCUUUAGGUCUGGGCCCAGACAGAGACGGUACGACCCCAGCACGGAUGAGAUCAUUCGCUUUGUCCGGGAGUUUCAGCGGCCGGACAUUCACGGUCCGCACGGGCUACAGAGGAAGUCCGUUUUGCCGGCCAUCGGAGGGGUGAAUAGCAAUGACAUGUCAUUUGACGUCACGGGAAAUUCAUCAGAUAUGUCACAUGACAUGAUGACGUCUAGAUUCCUGACGAAUCCUGUCGGGCUGUCGUCAACUGACGACGAAGAUGGCGGCGUAGAUCACCAGCAAUGUGCGGAGGGUGAGCUCCCUUCAGUACAAAGAUUCGAUAACUCCUUCACGGGGCCCAAACGACACGAAGCAGAUUUGGCUGAGGCCGUAUUUACAAACCGGAAGUCGACGUCAGCAGACGAUCAGACGACAAACUUGAGCUCUCGGGAUCUCCCCGAACAGACGGCGUCAGUCGCUCCCACCCCACGGUUCAACAACGGCACCUCUAGGGGCGCGCAGCUUCUGCGCCCUAGACCCUUGCCGCAGCUACCUCCAAUCAUGCGUGGCGACCCUCCCGCUCGCCCUGCUGCCCCGUCCCCCUCUCUAACACCUCCCACCCCACGGUCUAGCUACAACAGCGAUGAGGACUGACCACGUGACCUCGAGGCACCAGAAAUACGAGCUCACGUUGACCUACUGAUGCUGGACAUCAACCACUCAGGCUGUACGUUGUGAUGGUCAGAAAACUGACCAUUUCUCUGACCACUCUGCCUCAAUAGAGAAAAGGCUUCGGAUUUUGGAUGUCAAAAGUGUAGGGUCUGAAGCACUACUACUUGAAGAUGUUCUUCUUGAUAAUGUCCUAGUUGAUUAUGUCCCACUUGAUAAUGCCUACGAAGGUACUGUCAUUGGC